GUUGGUUCUUGUAGGGGUUACAGACUGACCAUGAGGUCUACCUAUGCGCUUAGUUUUCUUCUACUCUUCUGCAUAACUGGCGUUCAUUGCAUCUUUCUCCAGAAUGGCACCGCCAGGGUGGCAUUAGCGGAUGAGUUCCCGUUUAUGGUGCAGCUUCAACGUUUCUACGCCGUCAGCUUUCUGGUCACUUGCGGGGGAACGCUGCUACAGCCACGCUGGGUACUAACAUCGGCACACUGCUGCGGAGCGCCCAUUCCUCUCAGUAUGCUACGUGUACAGGCUGGAACGAUCAAACGGGAUGAUCGCAAUGGUGGCCAGCUUCGAUCGGUGACACGGUUUUGGCCACACGAACUGUACAUCCCCGAUGAUCGUACCCAUCCACACGAUAUUGCUCUGGCAGAGCUUGAUAUUCCGUUCCUGGUGUCAGAAUCCGUUGCACCGAUCCCGCUGACUUCGGUGUCACCCAAUCCAUCCGAUAAGGUGCUGAUAAUGGGUUACGGGAAGAUCGAUGCAGAUGAUACCCUACCCGAUCUGCUGCAGGUGACCGAUGGGUUCAUUGUUCCGGGCAGCAGUUGUCCCGAAGCGGAAGGUCCCGCAUUACUGUGUGUUGGUGGUGGAAAUGGAGCUUGCAUGGGUGAUUCCGGAGGUCCAGUGGUGAUGGAAACAAAGGAAAAUCGGGGAAACCUCGUGGUCGUUGGUGUUGUGUCGUACGGAAAGAGAAAAUGCCAGAUCGGAACGAUCAUCGUAACGGAUGUGUAUGAGUACGAAGGGUGGAUUCAGUCGAUCAUUAGCGGUUCUCGUCCUUAUCAAGAGCGUGCAGUGGAUCGUUUGUAAGACAGCCGGAAAGGAUCUGGAUUCUCGACGAUCGUUUGAUGUCAUAUUUUGCUUUAGCGUUCGAUUUUAUUGAUUUUCCUGUCUUGUAUUUGGGGUGUUGACCAGAAAUGCGAUAAUUUAAUGUCUACGAUAAUCAUAUAAUGCUUGAGGGUGGCUGUAUUGAAUGUUCAACGAUUGUUUCCCCCUAAUUUUACAUAAUAGUCUAGAGAUCAGAAAGGAAUGCGUUGGAAGUUUCUCCUCCUGGAGCUCGUAAUAAACUAUUUCCUGCUCCGAUUGUU